AUGGCCGACAUCAACGCAACACCUGGCACCCUGAACUGGAGACUGAGCGCCCAUCCCAUAACUCUCGUCACCUUCCUCUCCUUCCGCGCAGCCUCGCUCCUCGUCUACCUCCUCGGCCUAAUCUUCACCUCCAACUUCGUCCUCAUCUUCAUCAUCACCAUCCUCCUCCUCGCCGCCGACUUCUACUACCUCAAAAACAUCGCCGGCCGCCGCCUCGUCGGUCUCCGCUGGUGGAACGAAGUCAACUCCCAGUCCGGCGACUCCCACUGGGUCUUCGAAUCCGCGCCGCAGCCCAAUGAGCCCGGCGGCAAGAUUGUGAAUGCUACGGAUAAGAGGUUCUUUUGGUUAGCACUGUAUGCGCAGCCAGGACUAUGGGUCGCGCUGGCGGUUGUGGCGAUUGUAAAAUUUGAAUUCAUCUGGUUGACGCUGGUCGUGAUUGCGCUGGUGUUGACAAUCACGAAUACGUUGGCGUUUUCGAGGUGUGAUAAGUUCAGUCAGGCGAGUGGGCUGGUGGAGAGGGGGCUGUAUUCGGGGUCUUUGGCACGAAAUGUUGGAGGCGCUUUAGUCUCACGACUCUUCAACCGUGGCUCAUAG